AUGGACUGGUUGUCAGCUAACUCGGUGUACAUCGGUUGUAAAGAGAAGGCUAUCUUCAUUCCUGCUGAGGAGACUACACCAACCGAUGCCAUUGAACAUCUUCUUGAAGGUACGGUUAACAUGAUCAAUUACCUUUUUGCUCAAGAGAAGUCUUUCCUUUUGGUUCUUACGUCGGACUCUAAAGACAAGAAAAGUAUUUUGGAGAUUCCGGUUGUGUGUGAAUUUUCCGAUGUAUUUCCGGAGGAUGUUACUUCUCUUCCGCCGGAAAGGGAAGUUGAAUUCUCUAUUGAUCUUGUUCCGGGUACUGCUCCAGUUUCAGUUUCCCCUUAUAGGAUGUCUCCUGCAGAGCUAAGAGAGUUGAAGAGCCAGUUAGAAGAGUUGUUGGCGAAACACUUCAUUCGUCCUAGUGUUUCUCCAUGGGGGGCCCAGUCUUAUUAG